GACUCCCGCGCACGAUCGAGCUCCGUUCGCGGGAAGCUGGAAUGCACGGGAUGAAUGGGCGUGACGUCGACUCUUCCGACUGCACUUCGAGGUCGGACGGGCAGCUGCGCCGUUUGCGGGGGAGCGAGCCUAUCGGACUACGUAGCGUCAGUUGUCCCUGUCAAUGUCGCGUCAACGCCCAUGUUCUGAUCGCGCUGGGCCCACGGAGGUCAGCGGCCCGCGGCGGGCGAGCAGAACGGGGCCCGUACCGUUCCAGCGCCGCGUGCGCUCGACAUCCACCCAAGCCGUCGUGGACGCGAGUGCGACCACGUCGUCGUCACGCGCGCCGACCCCGCCAGAGAAGAGAAGAGAAGCGAAGGUGCGCAGCGCAGGGCGUUCGCAGGGACCGGAGGGAACGCCGGGCACGCCGGGCGACGUUGCCAACGCCAAUGCCAGGAUCGUAUAAAACACCGUCCCUGCCCCGCACGACGGCUCUCAAGCACAUCCACCCCGAGAUCGACGACAGGACCACGAUGCGCGUCACCCUCGCGCUCGCCCUCACGCUCGCCCUCGCCUGCGCCGCGCCCCUCGUCGCCGCGCACCCCCGCGCGAACCCCGACCCGGAGGCGGAGAUGAGGCGGCAGGAGAGCAACGGCUCGCCCGCCUCGUUCGUGGGCGGCGGGGGCCCGAGGGAGAAGGCGUGAACCGAUCCUUGAUGGAGGGCGGACAGACGGCGUGGAAGCUCUGCGCCCGCGCCCUGCUUAGAUCGCCGCCGCGCCCUGCCGUCACCGGCACCGCGUGCCUUGGAGCGGCCGCCCGCUCAUCCACGACCGACAACUUAUCUGUACACAAAAAUACACGCGCCGCUCGACUCGACUUCGCCUGGAGGAAGGGAGGAGGGA